UCUAAAGAGAUUAGAGAAAUGUCAUCAUGCAGGAUGGUUUUAGAAAUGAAAAAUAUUUUCUAAUUUCAUGCAACUUAGAGCAAUAACUUAGAUAUUUUAUAGAAAUUUAUUAGAUUUUUUCUGGUAAACAUGCCUAAGAAAAAGACAGGUCAACGUAAAAAAGCUGAAAAGCAAAAACAAAGGCAAAAGGAGAUUCGUAACGCCAAGGACCACGUCGACUUGGGUCAGCACCCAUGUAAUCUAGCUAUGGAAUGUGAUAAGUGCCAAAAGAAGCAGAAGAGCAGAGCAUUUUGCUAUUUCUGUUCGGCGCUCCAGCGUCUACCAGUGUGCGCACAGUGCGGCAAGAUGAAAUGUAUGCUUAAGUCUGGAGACUGUGUGGUGAGACACCCCGGUGUCUACACCACUGGGAUGGGGAUGGUGGGUGCUAUUUGCGACUUCUGUGAGGCGUGGGUCUGUCACGGCAGGAAGUGUCUCACAUCACAUGCCUGCACAUGUCCACUGCAGGAAGCUAUUUGUUUGGAGUGUGAGAGAGGAGUGUGGGAGCAUGGUGGUAGAGUAUUCCGGUGCUGCUUCUGCCAGGGUUUCCUAUGUGAGGAUGACCAGUUUGAGCACCAAGCUUCAUGCCAAGUGCUCGAGUCUGAGACAUACAAAUGUCAGUCGUGUAACCGGCUGGGCCAGUACUCGUGCCUGCGCUGCAAGACCUGCUUCUGCGAGGAGCACGUGCGGCGGCGCGGCGCCCGGCCGGCCCGGGGUGCUCCGCCCUGUCCGCGCUGCGCCUACCCGCUGCACAUCACCGCCGACCUCGCCAUGUCCACGCGCACGCACCGCUACGGGCGGCAGGGCGUGGCCGACCCCGACUACGACGGAGAUGCGGAUGGAGACGCGACGAACUACGGCUCCUACUCCCACGAUGACUACAACAUCGAGGGUGAUGAUUAUUCGUACUCGGAAUCUGAUGAUGAUGAAGACGACGAUGAAGACGAGGAUGACGAGGAUGAUAGCCAGGAGGACAGCUCCGAGGAGGAAACAGCUGCCUCCACUGACAAGCCGGACGCGACGGAAGACUCAACGCAGCACAAACAAUGAGAGCGCAUGUUGUGAACAGUGCAGUGCACCGUUACCUGCUCUACGCUCUACUUAUAUUUCAAUGAAUAAAAUUAUAUUUAUCCA